AUGGCUCGCUGGUCACUGCUGGUCUGCUGGAGUACUCUGCAAGCGACAGCAGUCGCUGAGUCAUGCGCUUCGUUGCAGUGUGUGGCCAUCUACCGGUCUGACGCUUCUUGCCAGUGCUUUCCUGGCUGCGAAGUGUACAACAACUGUUGUUCCGACUUUAAGGAGGUCUGCAUGAAUUCCAAAGGCGAGUUCAUGCCAGCCCAUGCUUACAAGGAGGUGACGACAACCACCACUGAGUAUAUUGAGCACAAGCCUCUGAUUUCUACGCCUGUGGAUCAUGCAUCUCGGAGCCAAGCGCUGCGGAAAGUGGCGGGCAAUUGCCGCAGCUUCGGCUGCGGAGUCUUUGCGGCCGCGCACAACUGCCAGUGCAACGACGGAUGCGUGGCCCAUGGCAGCUGCUGCGACGAUUUCCAGGCGAUUUGCCCUGACCUCUUCGCCAAGUCCGGGGCCGGGAGCUGCAGGGGGAGCUGUGGCAUCUGGGAUGCGCGGCGGCAGUGCCAAUGUGACGCCGAAUGCUACCUCCACGGCAACUGCUGCCACGACUUCGCUGCCCACUGCAAGCAGGAGGGGCGAGCUGCGAGCUGCAAAGCGCUGGGCUGCGGCACCUUCGGCGCCCAGAACUUCUGCCAAUGCAACGCGGCCUGCGCCGCCUUCGGCAGCUGCUGCGAGGACUAUGCGGAAUACUGCAACACCGGGUCCUGUGCCACCUACGGCUGUGGGCCCUUCCAUGCUGGCCAUUCCUGUCAGUGCAACCCGGGCUGCGAGCGUUUCGGGAACUGCUGCGGCGACUUCCAACAUGUGUGCGAGGGCGCGAGCGGCUUCAGCGAAGGCUCCCGGCUUUCCUGUGCCGAGGUGGGCUGCAACUUUGUGUCUGGCCGGGCCUGCCAGUGCAAUUCAGGCUGUCAGAUGCACGGCAACUGCUGCAUCGACUUUGAGAGCACCUGCUCUCUGCCCAAGGAGCCGCUUGGCUCCUGCGCCGUCUUCGGGUGCAUCGAAUUCCGGGAGGGCAACGACUGCCAAUGCUCCCCAGAGUGCCAAGCACACGGGAACUGCUGCCCAGAUGCCUUCCGCUGCCGCGAGCUCUGA